UUUUAUAGAUCAGCUGAUUCUUAGAUGAAAGGGAAUUCAAAUUACUGUUCAAAAUGAUAAAAAGCCAUUUAUAACAACGAACUACAAGUUAUGUAAAAUGAAUUUUAAAAAUUUUCGUAAAAAUUACCGUAUAGCCGAUUAUGCGAUGUUUGGUUUAUGUACUUGGAUUUUUAUUUAUUGUAUGCUACCUUGGCGGUUCGCAUCACACUACGAUUUUUUAACUGAGGAAGAUAUAUUUGAGGUGUUAGUUGAGCAAGUGACUAAUAAUAUUUCACUGCAACAACUGCCUGAAUGUGACUAUAGUGCAAUUGUUGGUGAAAACGCAUAUACUUAUCUAAAACAUUAUCAGGAAAAGGUCUUGCGAAACGAAGAAAUUCUUCCAGGUGGUGAAUAUUAUCCACGGGACUGUAAAGCACGGUUCAGCGUAGCAAUUAUAGUGCCAUACCGCCAACGUGAGGAGCAACUGCAUAUUUUUUUAACUUAUAUGCACAAUUACCUGCGGCAGCAACGAAUACAUUAUCGUAUAUUUUUAGUAGAACAGAACGAUCAAUUACCAUUUAAUCGUGCAAAAUUGUUUAAUAUUGGAGCAACGAUUGCAGUACAAAAUGAGUUUCCAUGUCUUAUCCUGCAUGACGUUGAUCUAUUACCUCUCAACUCUGGGAAUUUAUAUGCUUGUACGGAAAAACCGCGCCAUAUGUGCUCUGCAUUAGAUAAAUUUCGUUUUAAUUUACCGUAUACAUCGCUUUUUGGAGGAGUUGUUGCCAUACGUAGUGAAGUGUAUAAUAUUAUCAAUGGUAUGUCUAACUUAUAUCAAGGUUGGGGCGGUGAAGAUGAUGAUUUCUAUGAACGUAUCUUAGCAAAGCAAUACAGUAUAUGCCGAUUUGAACCCAAAUAUAGCGGAUACACAAUGUUGCGACAUAAACCUGAAACACCUAAUCAAAAUCGUGGUCAGCUUCUAACUACUUCACAUCUACGUUUUCAUAUAGACGGCUUAAAUUCCCUUACUUUCAAAGAAAAUGAAAGGCGCAUUCACAGCCUAUUUACGCACAUAUUAGUAGAGAUUUAAGACUACUGUUACACAAAGUUUAAUUUUUAUUUAAGUUGCAAGUACUAAAAGAUAAGUUAUAUAUAUUGUUGAAUGUAAUAAAAAUAUAUUGAAAAUACGGUAAUAGGUGUAAAAAAUUGAGAAGAAAUGAAUAUGAACUGCUAAUUAUGAUUUGGCCGAGUCAAGGUAAAACAACAUCGUUACUUUUAUCGGACGGAGUAAUAAAUCGAAAGAAGUUCAAGUUGGUGCGCGUGUUGGAACAUAAUAACAUAUUGGCGACAUGAGAUUGGGCAUUUAUUGAAAAUGUACGUGUUUGUAGGUGACAGUUGUUACCGUACGGGAGAGAUGUUUCUUAGCGCAUACAAUAAUAUGCUAAUGCCAAUUACUGCAGCGUUACUUGUGUUUAUACAUCUCCAAUACUUUGAGAGACAUUAAUUGAUAAGAAAAAUUAAUACAUGUUUAUGUGUUACGUUUAAUAUAAACGAUUCCACUCACUGUCUUCUACUUUUAACCUUAAUAUUUGCUAUAAAAAGUUACACUACACUACAUGCAAUAUCUUAAUGUAAAUAUAUUAAAUUAUUAAACAGUUAUCAUCAUGAUUGACUCAGGAGAUAUCACUUAGAAGAACGUCAUUCGAACGUUGCUCAUAACUUUUAAGUAUUGCCAUAGAGCAGAUAUGUUCAAUCUGAAGUGUUCAUAUUUAAGGUCAUUAUUUUUCAUUCCGAAAUAUUUGAAAAAGUUGAAAAUAAUAUAUUUAAUUUCUUUUAUGGUAUAAUAUGAAAAUAUUGAUUAAGAAAAUAAAAUACAGAAAGU